ACGACAAUCUAGAAUAUGGACAAGUCAUCGCGCUUCAAGUGGAUAAGCUAUUUGCAAGGAGUAACCGCCACCUUAACCGAGACCCCAUCCUACUAUCGGAUCGGUUCGGUCUGGGUAUAUGAAGGGGCCCGAAUCUUUCGACGGGCUCGAGUCCAGCCCAGAACAUCUUGGCAACGUAAUAGUUCUAUACUGCUUGCACUUCGCAGAUCAGAGACGCGAGCAGGAGUGGAGAGAAGAAAGGUGAGAGGAGAAAGGGUACUGUUUCACCGGGGAUUGAAGAUGUCGACGGAGUAUAAAGAUUGGAAUGAAAUUCACGAUUGUGUGCUCAAAUUGAGAGUGAAUCCUCGAAGACGAAGGGAGAAGGUUUACAUAGGCUGUGGGGCUGGGUUUGGAGGUGACAGGCCAUUGGCAGCACUUAGGUUGCUUCAAAGAGUUAAGGAGCUUAACUAUCUUGUGCUUGAAUGCUUGGCUGAGCGCACCCUUGCUGAUCGUUAUCAGGUUAUGGUGUCUGGUGGUGAUGGCUAUGAUUCUCGCAUCUCAGAUUGGAUGCGUUUGCUCCUCCCUUUGGCUGUAGAAAGAGGAACUUGCAUAAUAACAAACAUGGGUGCAAUGGAUGUGCUUCAUGCUCAAGAGAGUGUUCUAGAAAUUGCCAGCAAUCUGGGGCUAAGUGUUUCUGUUGCUGUGGCUCAUGAGAUUUCUUCCAAUAAAUCAGGUAUAGGAUCUCCACCUAUGAAAUCAAAUGUUACAGAAGGUGGUGUUAGCACGUAUCUGGGAGCAGCACCUAUUGUUGAAUGUCUGGAAAAGUAUCAACCUAAUGUUAUAAUUACUUCGCGAAUUGCUGAUGCUGCCUUGUUCUUAGCACCAAUGGUUUUUGAAUUGGGUUGGAAUUGGGAUGACUUAAAGGAGCUAGCUCAGGGAUCCUUAGCUGGGCACCUCCUAGAGUGUGGUUGUCAACUCACAGGUGGAUACUUCAUGCAUCCAGGCGACAAAUAUCGAGACAUGUCUUUCUUGUCUCUACUGGAUUUGUCACUUCCUUAUGCAGAAAUAAGUUUUGAUGGGCAAGUUUGUGUAGCAAAGGCAGGGGGCAGUGGUGGGGUAUUAAAUUUCAGUACUUGUGCUCAACAACUUCUUUAUGAGGUUGGAGAUCCAGGCGCUUAUAUCACACCUGAUGUGAUAAUUGAUUUUCAGGAUGUUUCAUUUUAUCCAUCCUCAAGUUCUUGCAUUCUCUGUGCUGGAGCAAAACCAUCUUUAGGAUCCAGGCCUGAUAAACUCUUGUGUUUGGUUCCAAAGGAUUGUGGUUGGAAAGGAUGGGGAGAGAUAUCCUAUGGAGGGCAUGAAUGUGUGACUCGUGCUAAAGCUGCUGAAUAUCUAGUAAGAUCAUGGAUGGAAGAAGUAUGUCCAGGUGUUAGCUGUAAUGUAGUUUCAUGUAUUAUUGGACUUGAUAGCCUGAAGGUCUCUAGGAUUAAUGAUAACACUUCAUCAUGGACCACUAAUGGGGACAUAAGGCUACACAUGGAUGGAUUAUUUGAGUUGAAAGAGCAUGCAGUCCUAUUUACAAGAGAGUUUACAGCAUUGUAUACUAAUGGACCAGCUGGUGGUGGUGGUAUCAGCACUGGAUAUAAGAAAGAGAUAGUUCUCGAAAAAAAGUUGGUUGGGCGUGAGUGUGUUUUCUGGCAGACUGGGGUGAAGUCCACCAAAGGAAUGAGUUCAGAGAAGGAAGAAAUUGGCCAUGGGAAUGUGGUGAAAAUGCAUGUUCUGCAUGAAGCUCUGUUACCACUAUUUCCAAAGGAUAAUGUGGAUUCGUCUUGUGUAGAAUAUUCUUUGCCUGUAAUUAAGACCUCCCCUGCUCCAUCAGGUCACGAGAUCCCACUUUAUACUGUAGCUCAUAGCAGGGCCGGGGACAAGGGAAAUGACUUGAAUUUUUCAAUCAUACCACACUUCCCUCCGGACAUCGAGAGAUUGAAGAUGGUUGUGACACCCCAGUGGGUAAAGGGAGUUGUCGCAGCUCUUCUAAAUACUUCUUCAUUUCUGGACUCAGAAGCUAUCAUGAAGAGAGACAAAUGGGUCAAUGAAUAUGUAGAUGUGGAAAUAUAUGAAGUCAGGGGAAUCCAUUCUUUGAAUGUUGUGGUACGAAACAUUCUAGAUGGUGGUGUCAAUUGCUCUCGGAGGAUUGACCGGCAUGGAAAGACCAUCUCAGAUGUUAUACUAUGUCAGCACGUUGUGUUGCCUCCAUGACGAGUGAGUUUUCACCCGCAUCAUCUUUGCUUUCCCUCAAGGAGCAAGUUGUCGAUAGCAAAUUUGCAAUGCUCCUGUUUACCUUUGUUAUUCUUUUGGCAUGUUUUCUCAACUUUUUCAUGGAAGAAAUGUAUUUAUUUAAAAAAGAAAAAAAAAGAAUUGUACUUUUUAGACUAAUCUAUGCGAACAGCUAUUAAAAAGCAGAUUAAUUAGUGUUUGGAUCUUUUUCUUUGGUCAAAGUUGACAUUCCAAUA